AUGGUCCUGCAGCGCGAGGGGAAGUUCGCGGUCGCCAAGCUCCCUGUGAGCGACGCCGCGGUCUUGGCCAAGUUCCAGCGGCUCCUCGACGCAACCCACCGCAAGGUCUACACUCGGGACCGCAUGGGCCAGCCGGUGCCCGAGAGACUGGAGGUGGUCCGUGUAACUACGGUGACCAACGACCAGCUCUGGGGGAACUACAUGGCCCGCCGCGAGGUUGUCCGCAGGGAGCUCGAGGCAGACCCCGCCGACUUCGUGGUCUACCCUGUGGACACCAUGGUCUCGACCGACGCAGCGGGUGCUGGGCCCGGCGACCCCGUCGAGGGUAUCGUGGAGGCUCUCGCGAGUGAUUUCGGGGAGCCAAUGCGGGCCGACUGCAACGAAGUGUUUCUGUUUCAUGGCACCAGCGCCAUCGCCGCCAACAAGAUCACCACCGAGGAUUUUAGGGCGAAUCUCGCGGGCAGCAACGCUGGCUCACUGUACGGGCGCGGGGUGUACUUGGCCGAGAACGCCAGCAAGACCGCGACGAAUACACACGGCCUGGGCCGGAAGGUGAGCGGCACCUGCUGCUUUGCCGAGCCGUCUUGGGGCGUGUGUUCUACUCCGACGCGGUCUACCUUUGUGUUCCCCCGAAAUCCUCGCGAAUGCGAAGACGUUUGCGUCAGGGGCCGCUUCCACUCCGUGCUCGGGGACCGUAAGAAGGCGCGCAACACGUUCCGCGAAUUCGUCGUCUUCGACAAGGAACAGAUGUACCCGAACUGGAUCAUCACGUACAGGAGGAAGGACGCGGCCCCAGUCGACCCUUCGCGCACCUUCCAGGUAGUGUGCCCCGCGGGCGCGCAGGGCACCGUGCUCCACGUCCAGGCGCCCGACGGCCAGCUGCUGCACGCGCUGGUGCCGCAGGGCUGCAAGGACGGCGCCAGGUUCACCGUGCAGUACUGA